AUGACAACUUUACAGGUUUAUGCUCAUAGACUAAGCGAUCCCAACUUAGCUAUAAAUUUGAAAGUUACAAUUGCCAAUGAGCUCAGAGAUCAAGUUGAAGUAUUUCAGACAGCAGAGUAUCCAAAGUUCCUCUCAACCCUUAUACCAGUCUUUCUCAGUAUUCUCCAGAAUGAACCACCCGUUUUUUUAAGUAAUGCUCCUGAGCAGAAACUGAGAAACAUCAUAUUAGAAUUAAUAUAUCGAUUGCCUCAGACAGAAGCUUUGAAAGAAUAUGCACCAGAAUUAAUGAAGGCCCUGAUGAGCACCUUACGUGUUGAGAAUGAAGAGAAUGCAGUAGUUUGCGUCAAAAUCAUUAUUGAUUUGCAUAGAUCUUUCAGACAAAUUUUAGAAGAUCAAGUGCAACCAUUUAUGGACAUUGUUCAGGAAUUAUUUCGAAAUAUGGAACAAACUGUCAAAGAUUCAUUCGACAAUGUGGAUCAAACAACUACUCCUUUUGCAGCAGCUUCUCCAAUGUCACCAGCAGCAGAGACACCAGAGGUUCCAACCAAAACAUUACAGAAAAGCAUGUAUAGCUUUAAAGUGCUAACAGAAUGCCCAAUCAUUGUCGUCUUGCUGUUCCAAUCUUACAGACGAUCUGCUUCUGAAAAUAUCAUGAAGUUUAUCCCACUCAUAUUUCAGAUGUUAAGCUUACAGGCAAAGCCUCAAAUGGAGGCAGCUCACGCUGCUUUCGCUCGUGGCGAAGUAUUUAUUGGUGUCAGUCCCUUGAUUAAACAGAGAAGCCUGUAUAAUGAAUUUAUUGUUGCUCAAGUCAAAACGAUGUCAUUCCUGGCAUAUAUUCUGAGAAGCUACACAACACUUUUGCGGCCCUAUCAGCAUCAAAUUCCUGACGUUGUUAUUCGAUUAUUACGCGAGUGUCCAGCUGAAUCCUCUUCCACCAGAAAAGAAUUACUAGUUGCAACUCGCCAUAUUUUAUCAACAGAUUUUCGCGUCUCGUUUGUGCCAAAGAUCGAUUUAUUACUGAACGAGAAAGUAUUAAUUGGAACAGGCGUAACCGCUUAUGACUCAUUGAGACCAUUAGCUUAUAGUAUGCUUGCGGACCUUAUACACCACAUUCGAGCCGAACUGAACCCAUUGCAGCUCUCCCAAACAGUAUACAUAUAUUCACGUAAUUUACACGACCCAGCACUAGCACCGAGUAUUCAGACAAUGUGCGGAAAGCUACUCUUAAAUCUAAUCGACUGUAUCAUGAAAAUUACCGAUAAAGCACAAGGAAGAGCAUUGCUGAUGAGGAUAUUAGAAGCAUUUGCUAGUAAAUUUGAAGCUUUAAACAUACAAUUCCGUUCAUGUGUAAAGCAGUAUAAGAAAAGAAAACAGACGGCGGAAGAAUGUAAAGCUAAACCGACAGAUAAAACAGAUGAUAGUAUUGAGUUCGAUAGUUUCGAUUUUGACAAAGCACGCUCAAUACACACAGCUUCAUGUAUACCAGAACCCACACAGGAUGGAAUCAAGGAUGCAAGAUUCCUUUUCAAAAAUCUAGCGAUCGGUUUAAAACCCUUAUUUAUUGGGUUGCGACACUGCAACCCACCGCCCCAUUCAACACUGCCAGGUGAAGAAAUUAAUCUGCAACUAUACGCUCAAUUUGCUCGUGGAUUCACACAAGAUGAUAUACAUUUGUUCAUCAAACUAUUCAGAGAAGGAUUGAAAUGCUUCGAAUACUAUAACGUUGAUAAUUACGGACCAGAUGGUUCUUUACCAGACUAUUCUCCAUCGAAAGAAGAACUAUCAAAAGAUAACUGGACAAUAGGCUCAACAGAAACUUGUUUAAAACUCAAUAUUCAACAAAAUGGCGAGAGAGAAGUGCUAGAAACAUUUCCUAUCGUAUUUACUUUACUGGAUCCAGCAAUAUUCCAAGAGAUAUUUGCUUCAGAAAUGGGCUUUCUAUAUUCACGUAUGCUUAUCAAUACGUCACUUCUCCAUCUGUCACAGUACUUCCUCGUUAACGAAGUUACAACACAAGGGUUUGUUGGUAUUUUGCUCAAGUUCUUGGUUGGCCGUAUAGAGCAGUUGGGUGAUGGAAAUCUACAUAGCUCAGCCAUUAUGCUUCACCUAUUCCGUUUGGCUUUCAUGGCAGUGAACCUCUUCCCUGAUACGAAUGAAGUUCUACUCCAACCAUACCUAGCAAAUUUGGUCAUGUCGUGUUUUAAAUUAGCAGCCAAAGCAAAAGAACCAGCCAAUUACUUUUUGUUAUUAAGAGCUCUUUUCAAAAGUAUUGGUGGUGGUCGAUUCGAACUCUUAUACAAGGAAGUGUCGCCUUUGCUGCAAGUCAUACUCGAAAAUUUGAAUUCCCUUUUGUCGCUUGCUCAUAAGCCAGAUAUGCGCAAUCUAUUCGUAGAAUUAUGCCUCGCUGUACCUGUUCGCUUAAGUACGCUCUUACCCUAUUUGCCUUAUUUAAUGCGUCCCCUCGUGAUCGCUCUUCAAGCAGAUCAGGAUCUUGUUUCGCAAGGCUUACGUACUAUGGAACUAUGUAAUGACAAUUUAAAUCCGGAAUUUUUGGAUCAUAUUAUGGCACCUGUUAUGACUGAAUUGAUGGAUGCAUUAUGGAAACAUUUGAAACCACUACCAUAUAACCAGCAGCAUAGCCAUGCUGCCAUGCGGAUUCUAGGAAAACUUGGCGGCCGCAACCGGCGUAUGCUGAAGAGCCCUCCUAAGCUUGGUUUUAAUGCACGCAUCGAAUGCGGGACUGCUGUGGAGGUGAUUUUCGAAUCAAAUUCUGCUCCUCAAACUCUACCACUGGAUGAAUGCCUUGAAAUCGCUGCACAUGCAAUUAAAACACCAGAUACCCACAUAGAAUAUAAAAGACAUGCUUAUAAUUUCCUUAAGUCACAGCUAGCAUUGAUGCUGGAGGUCGAGGACGGACCUGAAAAUUUAGCAGAAACGAUAUAUAGACGAGUCAAAGAGCAAAUUGUAAACCGCUCAGCGGAUGAUAGCAUACCUGGAAUAGCUGCUGGAGUGGGUACACAAAAUGGCGGGCGAAGUAAUAAAGAUGAAGACAGUUCGGUGGUGGGAAAUACAUUACAUGAGACCGGAAUGAAACCGAAGAGGCUCCCAGGAAAUGGUUAUGCAAAGUAUUCUUCUAAACGGGUCGCUCAAGAAGAGGCUCUUCGGACUGUGCUAGAAUCUCUGAUGGCAGCAUCCAUCAUUGAAGAACUGAAAGAGGAUGCUUGGCAAUUCUUCCUGAAUGUAUGCCGUCAUUUUACUCUACUUCACAUCGGUGAAGCUAUAGAAGCCAAAGAGAACGGACGUAAAUGUCUGGCAAACAUAAUGGAUGAACGGUUAACUGUUCAGCACUUGAAUACAACAAUAUUAGUUGAUGCAAUUGUUGAAGCUAUGUGUUCGUCACAAAUUGAAUUACGAAAACGAGCAGAAGAAGCCUUAAUUUCGUGCUAUAAUGUUGCAGUAUCUAUAGUUGGUUCCAAGGAGCAUGUUGAUCAACUGCCUAUAUUCCGCGUCUUUGCAUCACAAUUUUGCUCUUGUUGCUAUAAACCCGAGUGGUUCAAGAAGAGAGGUGGUUGUCUUGGUAUCUCUAUCAUGAGUUCACAGUUAGACAUGGGAACUAAAUGGAUGCGCGAACAUGAGCUCGACUUUAUUCGCUCUUUAUUGUUUGUUCUUAAAGAUGCCGCCCCUGAAAUGGCUAAUGUCAACACUGAAGAAGCGACCCAAACUUUAUCUCAUGUACUCAAAGUUUGCAAUGGACCAGAGGACGGUGAAUCACCAGAAGCUCAGCAGAAGUUCCAAAACUUGAUUACAUUAUUGCUUAGUGAACUGUCAAACUCUAACAGUGUUGUUCGUGAAACAAUACAGUCAUCUUUCCAAUUGCUGGCGGACUUGACAGGAAAUGAGGUUACAGAACUGCUGGCUCCGGUGCGUGAAAGAUUAGUGGCUCCUAUUUUCGCGAAACCUUUACGUGCUCUACCUUUUGCAAUGCAAAUCGGACAUAUUGACGCUAUUACCUAUUGUCUGACUUUGCGACCGCCGUUCUUAGAGUUUAAUGACGAAUUAACUCGACUUCUUCAUGAAGCUCUAGCUUUAGCAGAUGCGGAAGAUCAAGCCUUAGUAAGCCGCAGUUCUCAAUACAAGAAUACUACUUCUUUAAUGAAUCUGCGCAUUGUGUGUAUCAAGCUUUUAUCGGCUGCUCUUGCAUGUUCUGAUUUUUCCAGUCAACGACAGAUUCAUACUCGUGCGCGAAUUAUUCAAGUCUUUUUCAAGUCGCUUUACUCUAAAUCUGUUGAAGUAGUGGAAGCUGCUCACCGUGGUUUAAAGCAGGUUUUAGCACAGCAAAAUACCAAAAUGCCCAAGGAAUUACUACAACAAGGCCUUCGACCUAUCCUUACUACGCUUUCGAAUCAUAAAACACUAAGUGUUGCGGGUUUAGAAGGAUUGGCACGGCUGUUAGAAUUGUUAACAAACUAUUUCAAGGUCGAAAUUGGUAAAAAGCUACUGGACCACUUAAAACUUUGGGCUGAGCCGAAAGUCCUCCAAGAUAUUGCAGGAAAAUCACUCAAUGAGAAUCAUGAAAUCAAGAUUAUUGUGGCCAUUUUGAACAUUUUUCAUUUGUUGCCAGCAGCUGCUCAUAUCUUUUUGGAUGAAUUGGUUACAGUUGUAAUAGAAAUGGAAAGCCAUCUGCGGCGAUCAGUGUCAAGCCCCUUCAGGCCAAACCUUCUCAAAUAUCUCAAUCGCUAUCCCACAGAAACAAUAGAGUACUUCUAUGAAAGACUCAACGAUCCGCAAUGUUGCCAGUUGUUCAUUGAUUUAUUGAAUAUGGAAGAUGCAACACAAUUACGCGAAGAGGUUUCAAAUACAUCUUCUCGAUUGCUGAACAAGGUCUUCAGCGAUAUAAUGACUAAUGUAGAAGCCAACGAACAGACAUCUAUCCCUUUCAACGUUAUUCAUUAUCGAGGUGCCAUGAUUAUACAUACCCUUUUCACAUACAACAAUGAUUAUUUGAACACCCACAGAGAAGUUCUAGAAUGUUUAUUGAAUCUGUGGCGUAAGAGGCAAGGAGAUAGUCAAGCACAAAUCGAGCAGGGAUCACAACAUUUGUUGCCUACGCGUGAACUAGUUUUGCUAGCGAGGAUAUUCGUGUCUUAUCUGCAAAAGAAUCCUGACGAAAUUGAAUUGAUAUUUGAACUUGCCGCUCUAUUUGUUCACGAAUCUGUCGUAGAGCUAACAUUCCUGCAGCGCUUUUUAUUGGAAGACGUAGCCUUGAAAGUAUCUGCCAAGCUAAAAAGACAAAUCCUAGAGAAAUUUCUGGAUAUGUUCACCGAUAAUUCUGUAUCAACCUAUCGAAAGAUGAUGACAUUACGGCAACUCGUCAAUCCCUGCUUGCUUGUAGCCUUUGUCAAUGAUAAAGAGUACAUCAAUGAGAUAUUUGAUGCAAGCAUGAUUGAGCGGUUGCAUGAAAGGGUUUGGGCGAAUCUACUAAUAGAGACCCUGGAAGAAAACCAUUACAUCAAGGAUUCCCUUCUUAUAGAGCUUUUACAAAUGACAGCAAUGAUUGUACAAUACGCGCCCCAACUUUUGGCUGAUCGUCGUAAAGAAGUGAUUAAAUUCGGCUGGAACUAUUUACGUUCAGAGGAUGCCACCAGUAAGCAAGCAGCUUAUGUGUUGAUCGCCCACUUCAUUGCUGCUUAUGAUACCCCUAGUAAAAUUGCAAUACAAAUCUAUGCUGCUCUACUUCGUGCACAUUCAUCCGAAGCUCGCAACUUGGUAAAGCAAGGUCUAGACAUCAUUGCACCUGUAGUACCCAUCCGUAUUACAUCUCAAAACAACGAUCGUAUUCCAACCUGGGUUAGAUUAACACGCAAAGUCGUUGUUGAAGACACACAUAGUAUUUCUCAAAUAGUCAAUGUGUAUCAAAUGCUCGUUAGACAUGGCGACCUUUUCUAUGAAUACCGUGAACAUUUCUUACCCCAAAUAGUCAAUACACUUCCGAAACUUGGCUUAUUACAAAAUGCUACACAAGAACAUAAGCUGUUAACGGUCGAGCUAGCUGAUUUGAUCAUGAAAUGGGAGACGAGGUGUAUAGUCGCUCAAAAGCAAUCAGAAGUUGGAAGUACCGAAGAAAAUUUACCUAAUUCAGAAGCUCCGCUAUCACCUUCAAAACGGAAAAUGGAAAUUGAUACGGAUCCUAUUGAAAUGCAAGGCAGUAGUGGUGGAAGCCCUAGCAAAAAAGCACAAGUUGAAACAUCCUCUGGUGACGUUAGAGCUGUACCUACAUCUUCAAUGGAUAUAGACAGCGACAAAGCUACAGAUGCAAAAGAUUACGCUCCGAACCUAACUCUAAGGGAGAACCUUGUGGGGUACUUGGUUCGUCUUUGUUGUGCUCUUUAUAAUCCAAUGGAUACUGUCCAAAAGCGUCUGGUUCAACGAACCAUAGAGUUGAUAAAAUCUUUCUUGAAGCCUGAUUUCUGGCCUGAUGUCCAUAUCAGAUUCAACCAUUUGGAACGCCCACUAAUUUUUAGAGAAGCCAACGAGAUGAUUGUUACUAGCGUCUGUAGUGCUUUGGACUUAUUGAAUGCUGAGAUCUCUCACCGCGAUGAUGAAUCGAUAAUAGCCAAUAUGGGUCAAUUAUAUCGUUUACUUGAAGCUAGUAUCAAGUCAGAAAGUUCUCGUAUUCAAACAGCACUCUACCCAGUUUUGAUCCGAAUUUUUAAAGCAAUAGAUAAAGAUAAAAAAGAACUAUCUAGCAUAGAAGCUACACCUAAAGCGCCAACUAUGGGAGGGUCACCGAAUGCUACCGCUCCUUCUGCGUCUGGAGCGCAAACUAAAGUGUCUGAUGUCACUUCUCCUAUAGUCAAAACUUCAGCAACUUCGUCACUGAAUGCCGCAGGUUCUUCUAAUGCUGAGUCACUACACGAAGUAAACGAAAACAGUAUUACACCCAGCAACCAGGUUUUGACUGAAUCUGUACAACCAGCGCAAACACCUGAAGUAAUUAUUUUCUUGAAGUUAAUCGACUCAACAAUAAGGGAAGGUUUGGAAAGUAUGACGAACAUUUACAGUGUCUUAAAAUUGCUUCAUGCAGCAUGCAGCAGCCGUCCUGAAUAUCUGGACCCAUAUGUUAGUGGCAUAGUGAAGAUGCUUCAAUUACUCACUAAAGAGCACACCGUGCCUUCUGAUUCGCCACCAAGCAUGCCAUAUGAAUCACAAAUCAGUUUGCUCAGUUUGGGGCUCUCCCUUUUAAAGAUACGAAUUACUCAUUUGGGUGAUCAAAGACGCUGGUUCUUAACGUGUUUGAUUCAACUAAUUGAGAAGUCUCCGGAUGCGCAUCUCUUACGUAAUAUUCUGGAAAUGCUUAGUGAAUGGAUUCUUGGCAAAGUCGAGCCUAUUCCAACGAUAAAGGAAAAGGCUGGCUUGUUAGGGAAAAUGAUGACGAUUGAGUCCAGGCAAAAUACUCAGCUAACUAAUGAUUUCCUAACCUUGGUGUUGAACAUUUAUAAUGAGCCUACUUUUGCUCGUUCUGAGCUCACGGUUCGCUUAGAGAAUGCUUUCUUACUAGGAGCACGUAAUGACAAUCCUGAAAUUCGGUCACAGUUCAUGAAACUUUUCGAUGACAGCAUCGACAAAUCACUUCCUACCCGCCUAAACUAUAUUUUGGGCGUGCAGAAUUGGGAGCCUUUGUCAACUUCGUUCUGGAUACAUCAAGCACUUGAUUUAUUGUUCGGCUGUAUGCAGAUCGAUACGAGCGUUUCAACGCCAUACACUCUAAAGGUUAAAUCAAUCAACAUAUUUGUCAACGAUUCAAGCAAUGAAAAAAUGGAUAUCGAUGUUUCUGAGGAUGUAAGAAUGCUAGUGGAAUCCCACCAAAGUUUCUUGAAAGAAAUGCAAAAGACCGAUGUUCAACAAAUGAUAAAUGAUAUACGUCAGUUACAAUACCUUGAUGAUACUACUGCAUUUAAACUCUGGGUGAACUUGUUUCCUUUAUGUUGGGUAUCAUUGACAGCUGUUGCACGCCAUGAUAUUACCAAAGUAAUGAUAGUUCUGCUUUCAAAGGAUUACCACACUAAACAAGCGGAACUUAGACCCAAUGUCAUUCAAACUUUGCUGACGGGUAUUUCAAACACAACACCGGCUAUAUCAUUACCGCCUCAAUUGAUUAAAUAUUUAGGAAAAACGCACAAUUGCUGGCAUACAGCGAUUGAGAUUCUGCAAAGAAAUGCGGUGACUGGACGACUUACCGAUAUUUCGAAGGAAGAACAGCUGGAACAACAACGAUUGCUCGAUUCACUUGCUGAACUGUACACCAGCUUGAAAGAAGAAGACCUAUUCUAUGGCUUAUGGCGUCGACGUAGCGUGUUUGCUGAAACCAAUAUCACAGUAUCUUAUGAGCAAGCAGGAAUGUGGCAACAAGCACAACAAAUGUACGAAGCUGCUCAGAUUAAAGCUAGAGGAAAUCCAUUGCCUUACACCGAUUCUGAAAGCAUAUUGUGGGAAGAUCAUUGGAUUUUGUGUACGCAGAAACUACAGCAGUGGGAUAUACUUUCUGAUCUUGCAAAGACCGAAGGCAACACAAGUUUGCUGCUAGAAUGUGCAUGGCGUUUAUCAGACUGGACAGCUGAGCGGGAGAAUUUGGAACAAUCACUUCAGCAAGUGGUAGACUUUGAGAUUCCUCGUCAAAAAGUAUUUGAAGGUUUCUUGGCCUUGAUUAAAUCGCAAACCAAUCAAGAGCAUUUGCCAGAGUUCACUAACAUUUGUGAAGAGGGUGUCCAACUUGCACUACAAAAAUGGCACGCACUUCCAGCCAUAGUUACUCAAAGCCACCUGCCAUUGUUGCAAACUUUCCAACAAUUUUUGGAGCUUUCUGAAGCAAGCCAAAUCUUUUCCAGUUUGUCUAAUACAAAUGCUCAAAACUUAGAUCAACGCUCUGCAGAGCUUCGAAGUAUUUUAGGAACCUGGCGUGAGCGUCUGCCUAAUACUUGGGAUGAUAUAAACAUUUGGAGUGAUUUAGUCGCUUGGCGUCAACAUAUAUUCAGUGCUAUUAAUCGUACUUAUUUACCUCUCAUCCCGUUGUUACAACCUAUCCAAGGGCAAAGUAACAAUAGCAGCGGGCAUUCAUACGCAUACCGUGGUUACCAUGAGACUGCUUGGAUUAUCAAUCGAUUUGCGCAUGUGGCUCGUAAGCAUCAACUGUAUGAUGUGUGUAAUAGCUACUUGACAAAGAUUUACACCCUGCCCAAUAUCGAAAUUCAGGAAGCUUUCCUGAAGCUUCGUGAGCAAGCCAAGUGCUACUACCAAAACUCCAAUGAAUUGACAGCAGGUCUCGACGUCAUUAACAAUACGAAUUUAAUGUACUUUACCCAUCAGCAAAAAGCCGAAUUUUUUACACUGAAGGGUAUGUUUUUGGCUAAACUUCACCAUUACAACGAAGCAAACGAAGCUUAUGUCAACGCCGUGCAGAUUGAUAUGAAUUUACCUCGGGCUUGGGCUGAAUGGGGCCGAUACAAUGACCGACGAUUCAAGGAAAAUACAAAAGACUUAUCGUGGGCCAACAGUGCUGUCAGCUGUUAUUUACAAGCGGCUGGCCUCUAUAAGAAUGCUAAAUCACGUAAAUAUCUACUGCGCAUUUUAUGGCUUUUGAGCCUUGAUGAUCAGAAUGGUACCGUAUCUCGUGCUGUUGAGAAUUAUAAGGGUGAAUGGCCUAUUUGGUAUUGGAUUACGUUUAUUCCUCAACUCUUGACUGCGCUUCAAUAUCGUGAAGGAAGACAUGCCCGUUCUAUUCUUGUGAGAAUUGCAAAGCAGUUCCCCCAGGCACUCCACUUCCAGUUAAGAACAGCGAAAGAAGAUGUAAUAAAACGUGCCAAUGUAUAUCAAGCAACGCUUGCCGCUGAAGCUGCACAACAACAGCAGAAGCAGCAACAGCAACAAGCAUCUUUGGAAAACCAGCGAACUGCCAAUGGUAAUACUAGCAGUACCGCUGACAAUAAACCAGAAACAGCAGAUGAUUCAGCGUCUUCUAACGAAAACACCGCUAAUGGUUCAGCUCAAAAGAAGAAAGAUGAUGACGCGAUGGAUAUUGAUAGUAAUGAAACAAGCGCAAAGGCUGAAGACAAGGAAGAGCAUAUGACUGAAAACUCUAAUAGUACAAAAGAAAAAGAGAGUGGCAGUGGAGAAAAUAGCAACAAGAUAACUGAUGCAGUGAUAAAAACUGAGCCUAUCGACGAUGAUGAUUCAACAGAACAAGCGAAAACAUCAUCAACUACACCAGGGCAAUUAGCAUCAAACGGCAACAAUGCGAAGGAAAAUGCAUCUCCAGCUGUGUCUAAAGAGACUGUGGCAACCAAUGCCAAUAAUAAUAGUAUUGCAACAAUUGGUGCCAAUUCCUCCCAAUUUUCAAGCAGCAACGCUGGCGUUAAUAACGGCGUCCGACCUACAGCUUUGCCAUCGCAAAUCAACCCAACACCAGCAGCAGCAGGUCCUUUAGAUGAGGUGAUGUCCAUGUUAAAGACAGGCUAUCCACUUUUAGCAUUAUCUAUGGAGACAAUGGUUGAUCAAAUCCAACUCAAGUUCAAACCCCAAGCAGAUGAAGAUAUGUACCGAUUGGUUGUCGCUUUAUACAAUGAGGCAGCUCAACAAUUGCUGACGCGUUUACCUAAUCCAAGCGAUCCUCUUCAUGUAUUGCAACCUACCAUUGCUAAUCUGCAUCGGUUUGCCGACAGUCUUUACCCUGGAUAUAUGAAGACUGCUUUUGUGAAUGAUUUCGUAAAGCCAAAGAUGAACCAAGAAGAAUAUAUUGCCAAGUUACGUUUGUGGCGAGAUAAAUUUGAGGCCAUGCUAGAUGCAAGACCUCGUAAACUCAAAUUAGAAGCUGCCAGUCAUUAUUUAGUCGAAUUCCAACACCAAAAGUUCGAUGAUGUUGAAAUUCCUGGACAAUACCUUAUGCUCAAAGAUAAUGCCAACGACUUCUUACGUAUUGAUAGGUUUUUACCUGAUGUGGAGAUUGUUCGUAGUUACGGAAACUGUUAUCGUCGCUUGCGUAUUCGCGGUCAUGAUGGUUCAAUACAUCCAUUCUUGAUUCAAAACCCUGUCGCUCGUCAAUUCCGUCGCGAAGAAAGAUUAAUGCAACUCUUCCGUAUGCUAAACUAUAUUUUGGAGCGUCGUAAGGAGAGUCGUUUACGUAAUUUAGCGUUCCACUUGCCUGCUAUUGUACCACUUGCACCAAAUGUUAGAAUGAUUGAAGAUGACCCGUCGUACACUUCUUUGUACGACAUUUACGAAGAUCAUUGUGAUAAUGUGCAAAUGCAUAAGGAUGAUCCACUCGUCUAUUUUGUAGAAAAAUUCAAGCAGAACAUAAGUAACCAGAAGGAUAUUGUUCAUCAAAAGACAGAAAUGAUAAAUCUUCGUAUGGAGAUCAAUCAUUAUAUAUCAUCUAAUAUGGUGCCGUCUGAUAUCCUAAGCAAGUACUUAUUUAAGACCAUGCAGUCUUACACCGAUUUCUGGAUGCUCCGAAAGCAAUUUACAGCACAAUAUGCUACAGCUACGUUUAUGACUUACAUAUUCAGUGUAGGACAUCGUAUGCCUCACAAAAUCAUGAUUUCGAAGAGUACAGGCAAUGUUUGGAUGGUAGAAUUAUUACCUGUGUGGAAUAAUUCUGCUUCUCCCAUCUUUAACAAUUGUGAAUCUGUUCCUUUCCGUUUCACACCCAACAUACAAGAAUUCAUUACACCCAUCGGUGUCGAAGGUUUAUUCACCAGCUGCUUAAUGGCCACUGCUCGUUGUUUGACUGAACCUGACUUUGAUUUGGACCAAUAUUUGUGUCUCUUCGUGCGUGAUGAGUUGGCCACUUGGCAUUCUAAUAAUCAGCGUUCAUCAAAUGACGUACAAUUCAGAGAAAGAAUUAAUACUAAUGUACUGCAAGUGCAAACGAAAGCCCAAUUCUUAUCUUGUAAGACAGACCGUGAAAAGACUUUGGCUGCGGGUAAGCCGAACAAUCAGAACGUUAUUGAUCUUAUAUCACAAGCCAGUAAUCCUCAAAAAAUGGCUCUAAUGGAAUGCACUUGGAUGCCAUGGCUGUAG